CCCCGCGUCGGGCACAGCCACCUCCUGCGUCCGCUCCGUCUCCCCAGCCUCCGCCCCCGCGCUCGACGAUGCAGUUUGACGCGUGACGGAGCGCUCGGCGACAAUCACACACACGGUGCGUGCGCGAGUGAGUGAGCAAGACACGUCGGUGCGUGCGUGUGCGAGGGAGACGUCCGGAAGAGUCGAGGAGAGAGUCAAGCAGCUGAGAGGAUGGGCGUCGAGACGGCAACGGCGACGGGGACGGCGACGGCCCGCCGCCUGCUCGCGGCCGUGGCCCUCUGCGCGCUGGCGUUCACGGGACCGACGUGGGCUUUGUUGGAGCAAGACUUCACGCCGGUCGUCACAGCCAACUGUAAAGCGGGGCUGAUGAAUAUCAAAGUGACCACGAACCAGAGCUUCCAAGGCGCGGUCCAGGCGCGGGACUACCGUGUGCCACACUGCAUGGCGGUCGGCAACGGCUCCCACGUGACCACGCUGCAGCUCAACCUGCUGGCCAAGCCAGACGCGCCCGACUACUGCGGUGUCUUACACAACACGGAGACGGACGAGCGGUCGGUGCCGGUGGCGGUGCGCAUCCACCGCACGCUGGAGCUGGCCGACGACAAGUUCUACGUGAUCACGUGCGGCAAGGCCGGCUUCCGCAACGCGCGCAACGAGACGUCGGUGGUGUCGCUCAAGCUGCUCGACAAGGGCCGCAAGGUGACCGAGGCCGUCUACAGCAAGCCCUACACGCUGCGCGCCGACCUCAGCCGCCCCGACGGGCGGUGCCCGGAGGUGAACUGCGACGCGCCGGACGUGGAGCGGCUGCCGUCGGCGCAGGCGCGGGCGCUGGCCAAGGACGUGUACCAGGAGGCGUCGGCGGAGGAGGGCGUGCUCAUGGCCUCCACCAGCGUCUUCGUGCUGCAGCCCGGCGACGAGCCCACCGUGCGUGAGCUGUGCGCGGAGGGCGUGCACCCGCCCUGGCUGCUGUACCUGUGCAUCGCGUUCGGCGUCAUGUUCCUCAUCAUGCUCAUCAUCAACAUCUUCCUGUGCUCCGCCAUGACGUGCUCGUGCGCGCGCACCGAGGUCAUCGAGAAGGAGCCCAGCAUCAUCGAGGAGUACGACCCCUACCGCAGCUGGCACGGCUCGCAGUACGGCAGCAGGUACUCGCUGAACGGGAAGCCCGGCUACACAUCGGGCGGCUCCACAAUGAACUCGACGCGCUCCAUCUCCACCAACAGCGACCACUACGCCAUCGUGCACUCGCGCCCGGGCAGCCGCUACUCGGGCUCGCACAAGGCGGCGACGCUCUCGCACCCGCACCACCGCGGCCCGCCCUCGCACGUGGGCUCGCACUACUCGGGCAAGCUCUGAGCGCCCGCGCGCCGGCCCCAGGGGCGUAGCUAGGCCGGUGCAACUGGGACCCCACAGAGGACGCCCGCCGACCGUCUGGAAAGAUGGCUAUGGCAGCGAGGGCCCCAUUUGGACUUUGUGCACCGGGGCCCCCGAGAACCCGUAGCUACGCCUCUGCCCAGCCCGCACGACCGUUGCCACCGCCCCACCCCACCCCCACCCCCGGCUAGGGGCGCGCGUGCGAAUUGACGGGGAGGGGAUGCCGGGGAUCCACCCACCCCUCCCAGAGAGCUUGAUGUCCCCUUCUGGGAAACUAUUAAUACGCCCCUGUCCAAGACACAAUUCACAUGUUGGGGCAUCGUUUACGAUUUCCAAAUCAAGCAAAUUGGAAAAUAAAACUUUCCAAUGAGCAUUUUCUUGAAAAACAAUCGUGUAUUCACACUGUGCUGCGUAAGCGAAGAUUAUCUUCGUUUCCCUUAAGCUGCCCCCCGUGAAAAAAUUGCCAAUUCGCAGCCUGGAUUCCUUUGCACGACAUCCAGUAUACACUAAAACCCUUUUUGUAAAUCGACUAAUGGCAGAUACUCAUGGACCCUACCGCCCAAGAAGCUCCGCUCCCCCCGCUACGUUGGCGAGAAAAUGGACGGAAUGAGUGAAAUGUGAAAAUGAGUGUGAAUUAACAGUCAUCAAUAACGAAAUAAGCGUUGCGUUUGAAAGAGGCGUGAAAACGUGUGAGAAUGAAAGUGGAGGUCAUGAACUCUCACCCGCAAUCCCUGCUCUCAAAGCUGCCGCGAGUUCCCAAACCGCUAACAAGAAUGGAGUGGCCGUUGCGAGACACUGCAAGACUGUUGAGAUCUCAAGUGAUGCAAGAAAUGGGCCACACGCCGUAGUAGUACGGUAUUUGGCAGAUCUAAAAAUUCGCAAUUGUCCAAUGGCGGAUCGUUACAGAUUCACAAACGUCUCCUUGGAUCUUUCGAAUUUUGAAGUUAAUCGUGCUAGAACUGUCAAAUGCCAAUAUUUCAGUGAAUAUUCCUAAAUGGAAUUGCUUACUGACUGAAAUAUUUUAACCUUCUUUGAAAUCUAAUGGGCAUGGGAACAAUAUUACAACCAUUUGGACAUCUGGCUAAAUUGUGCACGAUACUUGACAGUUGUCUGAUUGGUAGUAAAUACAUGUUGCCAAACGUUUUUAGAACAUAAGUGUGUAGUGUGUAAUGAUAAAAGGUAGAUGUAGUAUAAAAAGUGUGAUACAUUUUUUAAGAAUAAAUUUAAUUCUAAAGAACGUGUUAGUGAAUUUAUAGAAAUGCUACUGAAAUACUAAUCAAUAAUCAUUGCAUUUUACCGGAAGCUUAUAACUCAAAAGCUAAUCUUGACUGCUGAGGUAUGUAAGGUGAGUGUGAAAAUGCAGAAAACUCCCAACAGCAAAAUACAAAUUGUUUUAAAGCCAUGGUGAAGUUAAGUGCUUGUUUGUGAAUAUUUGUGCAAUUACAUUCUGUGAAGUGCAGUGUAACUCCUAAUAACAAAUUAAAUGUUUGUUCUUUUUAUCUUCUCACUUUGGUAAGAAACAUUAUAAAUGCAUUUACAUUAAUUAUCCACAUUAUUAGGAACAGAAUUAGUGAUUUUGAGAAAAGCGUGCUGAAAAUAUCUGGUACACAUAAAUGAAAGUCCACAUUGUUGAAUGCAUUGCAUCUGAAAAACAUCAAACAUGAAAAUUAAAACAUAUUUUUCAAAAAGCAGAAUUCACUACGAGUGUCAAUGUCAUCAGUUGAUCAUAAUUGUGAGUGCAAAUUCAUUUCCUCAAAAACAUUGGAGUUUCAUUGUACAAAGAAGGUUAGUGGUGCUGCAAAACCAUCAGGUUAUUUGUAAGUUACUCAUUUGAAAUAAUUUUGUUAUGUGUAAUUAUAAGUAUUACUUUUAAGCUGUAAAUAAUUUUAUAUUUCUCUCUAACAUAAAUUGUAUAAGUUGAAUCAUAUGAAAACGUUGAAUAAAAUAAUAAACUUGAAGAUUAUUUUUUCAUAAAACAAAAAGAUAUAUCUUACACCUACUUAUGUAUUAUAUUAAUAUAUUGUGAAAUAAAUAUUGUCU